AUGGGCGCAGUAAAGAAGGCCUCACACACGCGGCCCAACCCCGCACUCCACGCUCUCUCCAUCCCCACACGCAACCUCUCCUCUUCUCGUUUCUCCUCUGCCUCACCGCCGCCGCCACUGCUUCCCCUUCACCCCUACCUCACGGAAAACGGCGGCGAUGAGGAGGGUCGGCGCUUGGCGCAUACCCGCGCCCCCGACCGUGGCAGCGUCCUCGCGGGGCCAGGCUUCCCGUCCGCGCCGCGACGCCGCCGGCAAGGAGGCCUGGGCUCGGACAGCCUCCGCGGCGUCGAGUGCGCCGGUGAGGUGUCUGGGAACCGCGUGGCGGGGAACUGGCGCUGCUUCUGGUUGUGGGUUCCGGCGACGCCAAGCCGUACAUCUGAGCCGCCGCCUCCAAUUUGUUUCCUCCAUGUUUCAGCUCCAGGUGUCACGUGUGUCCUUCAUCGGCUAUCCCUCCUUACGGUUGUUGCCGCGUCCGCCUGCUGCGGGUCCUCCGUGUUCGUGACUGUUGUGUCGGCGUCGAAAGAAUUUCUCCUGCAGUCAGACAUGUCCUGCUUCCAAGGAUUGUUCUUCUGCUCACAGGUUGCAUUCCUGUUGCUUCACAAUGUUUGUAUUUACCAUAUUACUCCUCAAUGCCAUGAGUUGGGAGCAGCUCCAAUUCCAUCAGAUGUACAUGAGCUAUAUGUUGAUAAGCUCGCGUAUCAGUUGGCGGAUGUUCUUGAUUUCUUCAGUUUAGGGUCUGUGAUGUGCAUGGGUGUCACCGCCGGUGCCUAUAUGCUUAUCUUCUUUGCAGUACGUGUUUGCACGAUUAGGCUUUCUUCAAGUUCUACAGAAACAACAUGCCUUGACAGAUCAAGGUAA